UUAACAGAACCAUAUGUGUGUUUGCUGUUACAAGCUUUCGGAAUCUAUAAUGUUUAUUUCCACUAGAUGGCGCUUGUGUACUUCAACACUCAUUUAUUUCAGUAACUUUUUGAUCAGUCUAAUCUGUAUAUUUUUAUAUUUCGACUAUUUUAUAAUGCUUAUUGUGAUUUAUAUACUCAACUGUUGUAUAUUUGAGGAAUAUUUAUUCUUUCUAAGAGUUUUCUUUGGUUAUAUUUUAUUUUGCUCCCAUCGUGCCUUUGUAUGUCACUUCCUGUUUUGUCACGGAGAACGAGUCAGAACUGCGGUCCGAGUUUCACAGAGCAAUUCUGCUGAUCAUAUGGAAUGAUGUAAUCAUUGCAAAGUUUAAAGUAUUUCUAUUUAGAAGUCAUCCGAUAAAGAAGCUUCAAGAUAACCCCUCUCUUAGCUCAUAAGCAGGCAAAAGUGUUCUACGGUGUUGGUGUUGGAGUCUAAGUCCAGAACACAUUAAACAUCAGUUAAAGAACCUCAGCCUUCGCGUCAUGACUAAGGGCGGGCAUAGUAGAACACUUUCUGCGUCGGUGAAGGCCAACUGCAUCAGAUCGUAAAGCUGCACGAGGAAAUCGGCCAUCAAGAGGCGCCACAUGUUGAAUGAGGGAAGUACAACAUGAAAAGAUGGCAAUUGACUUGACUGAAGCAAGCAAAGGCUGAACAAGCAAGCACUUUUGAAGUUAGUGACUUGGAAGCAGCGCAAGGUCUUGUGAACUGUCACUGAAGUUUCAAUUGCUCUGGUAUUUCCAUCAUUCCCAUUCUAAGAUAAAGUUGGACAUUUUUCUAUUAUCGUUUGACUUAUUAAGAAACUAAAAGGGACUAAACAGAUAAACAAUUUUGCUACUAUUAAAUAAGACUAAAGUUUGAAUUUUCUGUUGUAUUCAAGUAUUUGUGUAUACUUCAUCAUUUAAGCGUGUUGAUAUUCACAUUUUUUUUUUACAAGUUGAAUUCAUAGACUACUUCUUGACAGUUCUGUAGCUUGUUAUCAUUUACAUGAUUGGAUCACAUAAGUGUAGCUGAGAUAACCGCUUUACACUAAACUUUAGGUUGCUCUUUGAAUAUUCACAUUAUAGUGCAACACAGGUUUAGCAUGUCAAACACAAGUGAAAAUACAUUGCUGGCUACUAAAGAAGUUAGCUAUACAACCCCUACUGCACAAGACGUAGACAAUGCAGAGCAGGUCAUUCCAUCAGAGCAGGCUGAUAUAACUGAACAAGUUGAAGUGGCUGCACAAGUACAACAACCUCAGGUGGACAUAGAUAAUACACAGCUCUCAGAUAUUAGAAGAAGCCAGCGAGCACGCACGCUUACCGAGAAGGGUAAAACGCUGCAAGACGCUAGACUAAAUGAUCUGAAAAGAAGCUUUGAGCAGAAGUAUAGAAGGUGGAAGUAUCACAUCAAUGGUUUGAAAAGAGCCAUUAAGAACAAUGAUGAUGCAGAAUUGAUUUGUGAAGUUGUGAGCACCAUUAAUGCCACUCAGUCUGAGGUCGACCAUAUUUAUGGUGAUAUAAGAAGCAUCACAAGCCCUGAACCUGAAAUUCGGAGGAAAAAUGACACUUGCCUUGCCAUUACUAGCACUGCAAAUGAGAAGUCUCAAAGAUUCCUCAACGGUGAUCCUAAGGACAUUCCCUGGCCUGAUUCAGAUUCAGUGUUUGAAGCCACUGUGUCCAGCAUCAUCUCAGCAAACUCCAGUAAGUCAAAGUCUGUUUCCAAGAUGUCCAGUCAAUCUUACAGUGAUUCUCUGCAGAAAAGACAAGAAGCAGCGGCUGAAGUAGCGUCUACACAAGAAGUGAUUAAAAUAAUGAAGACACAACAUCAACAUGAAGAGGAAAUUAGGAAACUGGAGGCAGAGGAUGAAAGGUUAGCAGCAGAAAGAGAAGCUCAAGAAAGGGAAACCGAAGCGGAGAAUGCAAGGAAAAGGGCUCAAUUUAUUUCAGAAAGCACUGUUAGAAAAAUAAAGCUGGAAGAAAAGAAAAAAGAAGUGGAACGGUUGGAGGAACUAAAAAGACAUAACGCAGCACAAGCAAGGCUGCAAGUUUAUGCUGAAAGCAUCAAAGGUGAUGAGGGAGAACAGCGUUCUGCUCCUCUUCUUCAACAAAGGUUACCCCAAGCUCAUAUCUCUCAGUCACCUACAUGGCCUGCUCCCAACGAAGCUUCUAAUGAUCUUGUGAAGGCAUUGGCUGAAGCGAUUACAGCCAAUAGGAUUCCAAUUACAGAACCUGUUGUUUUUUCUGGAGAUCCCCUGAAGUAUAAUGACUGGAAGCUGUCCUUCCAGACGUUAAUUGAUCGCAAGAACUUGCCAUCACAAGAAAAGCUAUUCUUUCUACGCAAGUAUGUAGGUGGUCCGGCCAAGAGAGCGAUUGAAGGACAUUUUGUGGCUGGAACAGAAAUGGCUUACACGGCAGCCUGGGACAUCCUUGAUGACCGGUUCGGCAAUCCGUUCGUAGUUGGCAAAUCUUACCGUGACAAAAUACAGUCUUGGCACAAGAUUGCUACCAAAGACAGCAAAGACCUCCAGGAAUUUGUAGAUUUCCUAAGCAGUGUUGAAUCAGCAAUGCCUUAUGUACAAGGUUUACAAGCUCUGAAUGACUGUGUUGAAAAUAAAAGAAUAUUAGCCAAAUUGCCAGACUGGUUGAGUUCACGUUGGAAUAGAGCAGUCACCAAGUUUCAAGACGAAUACAAAGGAUUCCCAGAUUUCAAAUACUUUGUUGAAUUUCUUAACAAGGAAGCUAGAAUCGCAUGCAAUCCUAUCACCUCACUGCAAGCGAUAAAGCCAGAAGAGCAAGAAAGGUUCAAGCAAUCAGAUCAAGAUCAUUAUAAGUUUCAGAGGAAUCGCAACUCAAAUGAACCAAGGAAGGAGAUUUUAGUGUAUGCCUUGCUUGAUACUCAGAGCGACACUACUUUCAUUUUAAAGGACACAGCUGAGACACUUGAUAUCAAGAAAGAGCCUGUCAAACUCAAGAUUUCCACCAUAACAUCCAAAACGAAGGUUGUGUCCAGUCACAAAUUGAAUGGUCUACAAGCUACAACUGCCCUCAAGCCUUACUUCCCAGGGAUGUUCUCAGUGGCAAUGAAGAUCAGCCAUUUGCACAAAGAUCCGUGUUGGGUUGGAGUAUCGUUGGAUACAACCAUGACGACAGUUAUUAUGAAGAUGAAAUCGGUGUGA